CCUUCUCACGCUGCUGCUGCCGUUACUCCCACAGAGGAGCAAGGACAGGGCCAGUGAGGACAGGGCCAGUGACAGAUCUUGUGGCCCUCUGAACCGAAGCAUAGAGUCAGUGCUGAACCAUCACACUGGAGUGGUGCUGUAUCAUCCAUCCAUCCGUCUUGCUCCGUCCCUGACCCCAGAGAAACUCAGCCCUCAGAGUUCAAAGGGUUAAAGACAACGGAUAUGAUUAUUAGUUCUCCUUUGGACCUAAGAAUUUUCUCAGCCUCUGUAGUGACCGGAGCGCCGUUCCCAUGAUGAUAGAAAAUGUAUAUAGAGCGUCCCAUACCAGCCAUGUUUUGGGGCAUCAAAGGACAACGUUUGAUGGGAAGAAACUGCUGACCCUCUGGACCCUGCUAUGUGGUGGUGUUGUUGUUCUUCUUUGGGGGUUUUUCAGUUUUCCUAGAAAAUUUUUUUCAUGUCGUAUGUUCAUUUUAGUUGGAGCCUCAAGAGUCGUCAGAAAUAAGACAUGUGACGAUGAAACAAACAUAUGCACGAAUUCCUGGCUUAAAAUUAAUCAGAACUGCUUCUUUCUUUUCCAACAUAAAAAUGCAUGGCUGUCUGCACAGGAGAACUGUCAACGCUAUGAAGCAAACCUGGCUAAGUUCACCACCAAGACAGAAUUGGAAACUCUGAUGAGCCAUGUGCAGGCACUGCGAUCUUCAUUUUGGAUUGGACUGAACAGACGAAAUUUACGCACAUACUGGGUUUGGACAGAUGAAAGUGUAUACAAUAACUUGAAGAAAGUCCAAGAUCACGGUGAUUGUGCCUUCAUGCAUAAAAAUGGUAUAGACAGUACCAAUUGUGAUGACCUAAGAGACUAUAUUUGUAGCAAAGUAGGCCAGUGCCCUUGAAGAAUUCUUCCAUCCGAAAGAAAAUGAAAAGCAGUGUCUUCUUUUAUGUAUGUUAAACGGAUGGUGAUGUGUUUUUGUUCCCAUCAAUAUUGUUUUGAAAUAUAAUUUGGCUGAUGAACAUUUA